GUUGUGGGCGUUCGAAUUGAAGUGCAGGAAGACGAUAAAUAAAAGCACCAAUUCAACCCACGAGACUGUAUACUGAUUCAAGGCACUGCUACACUACAAACUUCCACCCAGCCAGACCUAUUUGCCAGCAAGAACCUCCGUCAUGUUUCUGGAUAUCGAAUCAGAUGUUCCGCUCAAGUACCAAUGGGCUCGCUACCAUGCCCUCACGGGUACUGUCCAUGAGUAUCUCCGCCAUGCAUCUGGCCAUGAGAAAAUGUCUCUUCCCAUCCCAGAGGAACCAGUUGAGUCUGAGCUUCCGACAAUUCCCCUCCAAGGAAAGGGUAGUGGCGCCAUUGAGACUCCCAAGGGUAAAGACCCCAAUGUUGUCAAGUUCGGUGUUGUCGGGGCUGGUGCAGCGGGUCUGUUUACAGGCAUGAUGCUGGACUACUUUAACAAGCAGCUUGAGCUUCGCAAGAAUCCAUUGAGGUUCGAGUAUGAAAUCCUCGAAGCAGCGGGUCCAGACCGGGUCGGAGGUCGCCUGUACACCCACAACUUCAGCAGACAACGAGAGACCCAUGACUAUUACGACGUUGGUGCCAUGAGGUUUCCCGAUAACCUUGUCAUGGCCCGGACGUUCGCCUUGUUUGGCAUCCUCGACAUGGAAAAGGUCGAUUUCAAGUCCAAGCCCGACGCUAAGAAUGGGUCUCUCAUUCCCUACUACAUGAACAACGGCGGGACCGAGAAAGCCAAAGAGCCGUGGUGCUACAACAACAAAACGGUAUGGGGUAAAGACUACGCCGUUGUCCAGGAGCAAGGAGGGGAGUCCAAAGACCCCUUCUGCAUCAAUACGGGGGGUGAGAUCCCCGAAGAACUCUUUGCGCAGGCACCAGACGACAUCAUGACCAAACUCACCGAAGUCGUUCGAGAGCAACUCAAGGAGGAUCUCAGGACUGGGGGUGACAAGGGCUGGGACCUUCUCAUGUCGUACGACAAGUACAGUACCCGUCAGUUCUUGGCAACUGAACACCCUGAACUCGAACACAUGAAAACUCAGGGACCAUUCCCGCCGCCACCAUACAACUACAACACUAUCGAGUGGUUGGAGACAUUCAAUGGCGGAACCAAUUGGUAUGAUCAGGCCCACAGUGAAACCGUCCUCGAGUCGCUGGACUUUGACUUUGAACCCAAUGUCAAAUGGUACUGCAUUCUCGGCGGUGCGCAACAACUGGCCAAGAAAAUGGAGAAGAAGCUCGAAAGGAAGGUCAGAUACAAUUCCCGAGUGACUGCAAUUCGAGUCAAGAACAUCAGAGAAGUCGAAAUCGUGGUUCCAAACGGCACUCCCGAACCCGAUGUGACCACCUACGAUGCCGUCAUAUCCACCACCACGCUUGGUUGCCUCCAGCACAUGGAUCUCCGCGACGCUGGACUCACAUAUCCCACCAGGCAGGCCAUUCGUUCCUUAGGAUACGGCACGGCCGCCAAGAUCGCCAUCAAGUUCAAGCGGGCGUGGUGGAUCCACGAUCUCAAGGGCCACAACAUCAAGCACGGCGGCCUGGGCCAUUCUGACCUCUCAGUCCGCACGUGCGUGUACCCUUCGUACAAUAUCUACGACAAGGAGGGCUCCACGGCAGUCUUGCUGUGCUCUUACACCUGGCAGCAGGACUCCUCGCGUCUGGCGUCACUGUUCUCCGAUAAGCCUUCGGAGGAUGCGCAGUUGAAGGAGCUCCUCAUUCGUGACCUUGCGAGACUGCACAAGAAUGAUGAUGUUACUGAGGACAAGGUUGCCGACCUCAUUCGCAGGAAUUGGGUCGAGCACCAUGCUCACGACUGGUCCGAGGAUUGCAACACGGCGGGAGCAUUCGCCUUCUUCCGGCCUCAACAGUUCCAGUCCAUGUGGAGCAGGAUCAUCCAGACGUGUGGCGAUGUCAUCAUUGCCGGCGAAGCUGCUAGUCCUCACCACGCGUGGGUCGUGGGCGCACUUGAGAGCGUCAUUCACGGCUUCUUUACGUGGCUUGGAGCCAACAUGUACUCCAACCCGAAUUUUGAAAUUGUACGCGACAUCAUCCUGACCAAGGACGAUUCCAAUCCCUUUGUGGGACUGCCACCUUACAUGAGCGAGAAGAUCUCCGAGUGGUCAUCAGCUUGCAGCAUGCUGCACCGCGCCGAAGUGCUGGGGGCGCGGGGAGUCAAGCCAGUCGCGAAGGAGGCGACAGAGAUGGUCACUAGUGCCCAAGCCGUGUACGACUUCUUGGAUAUGGGGUCGCUGGAUGUGAAGAUGUCAGGGUAGAGGCUGAAUUUGAGAUGACACCUUCGACUUAGUUAGGGGUAUACAAUGAACUCUGAUGUGCCCGCCGUGCCAAGCAAAUAUUUCAAGAUUUGUGGUGACAAAAAUGGCGCUUGAGAUUUUGCUCACUGUAGGCCAAUAAUGUUGUCGCGUCAGCGCGAUACGUCGCACACUAUACACCGUCUGUGAGGAUGAAGCAACCAAUCUACG